UUCCACACGAUAUACUUAGGUAUCCGCAGUCGACAGAGUGGAGAGAACGACAGAUGGCGGUUUUAUUGGAAAAUGGUAUAUGAGUAUGCGGAUGUGAGUAUGCUGCAUUUGCUAGCCACGUUUCUGGAAAGUGCUCCACAGCUGGUCCUGCAGCUCUGUAUUGUUGUUCAGACUCGUACUCUACAGGCUCUCCAAGGUCUUACAGCUGCAGCAUCUCUUGUGUCCCUGGCUUGGGCUUUGGCGUCCUACCAGAAAGCCCUCCGUGAUUCCCGUGAUGACAAGAAACCCAUAAGUUAUAUGGCUGUUAUAAUCCAGUUUUGCUGGCAUUUCUUCACAAUUGCAGCCAGGGACUCAGAAUGCAUGGCUCUGUGUAUGAAUGUAUGCAGGUGUGAUAAGAGACGCAACAUGCCAUACCCUUCUAGUGCCAAACACUGUAUCACUACGAGAUUGAUAUUGUUGCCUGAGGAACAGAAAACGAGUGGCAUGAACCCUACAAGAGCAGGAAGCAGAAAAGAACAAUCAAGUUCUCCACAUGUACAGACAGGUCUGUCCCCCCUCCCUCCACAUAAGGUGAAAGUGAUGUCUUUUAGAGGCUUUCAGCCACCUGUUAGUAAGUAUAUACCGUCAAGUACAAUUAAAACAAGCUAUGUGGAAGACCCUCUUGAAACUAUUCAAGACUUGGUUCCAUACCUAUUAAAAAUGAAGUUGACUCACUUGUAAAAAGUGUUUUUUGCUGCAAGCUUCUGGGUUUUAAUACCAUACCUCCCUAAGGUAUGAUCAAGUCUAUGGUAUCCUUCUUUAUGUUAAAAGUAUCCCCUGAUGGUGCUUUCAGUUGCAUUAAAGGUGCAAGUCAAAAUUUGAUAGUAUUUUUUUUAAAGCUGGUGCAGAGUGAAUAACUCAUGGAUUAUUUCAAUAUUUUUGUAAAGUAAAAUAUGGUAUAUAAUGGUGUUACUUUUUAUAAACCACAAAUCUUUUAAUACAUCUCAUUCUCUUUAAUAAGGUAGAAUUUAAGAACUGGUCCACAAAUUGUAUCAACUGGCCUCCACAAGUAAUUGUAAACAUGUUUUUUACACAUUAUGGAUUUAAUUUGCAGUGUAAUGCCAUAUGAAAGCCUACAUGGGUACUUUUAGAAUAUUCUAUAAAAAGUGAAUCCUGUUUCAAGAAUAGGUGGGUUGCAAAGACGCCAAAGGGUUUCCAUGAGAAACAAAUCAGUAUAACUAUGUCUAUCCAUCUUAGAAAAGCGGAGCACAACUGUAGGUUUAUUAUUUUAAGCAUCAUUGUCAGGGUGGAGAAGACCUGUGAUUUUGAUAUUUUAACCACUGUCAGGUAUAUUAAGUGUAAGUCACUGCUGUAUAUGUUGCUGGAGAAGUUCAGUCUCUCCUGUUGUUAUAUUUGUAAUAUGAAAUAACAGAAGAUAUAUAACACAUGGUUUCUUUGUAUACAUUCAAUUAGCCAUUUUCAAUACUUAAAUGAUUUUUAAUUGAUGAAAUGUUGAAAAUCUGUUGUUUUUUGCUAGGGGCAAGAUCCUCAAAACAAAGUAUCUCUUAAAAUGCAGGAAUCUGCAAGUGAGAAAAAUAAAAAUUUUACUGUGACCAGAAAAAUCACCCAGGUAUGAAAAUUUGCAUAGAGGUUUGCAAAUUAAGUAGUAGCCAGUUGCAGGCAUGAUCAUUAAAUAAAGUGAUCAUCUGAUAGUCAGAAUAUGAAAACCUGUGGAAAGUAAUUGCCCCCUUCCACGGGGAUUCAGUUGAUUAUUCAGUAGGCAUUAGUUUAGUCAGAAAAUACAACAUUUUGGGGAAUCAAGUCCUUUGUCUAGUGAAAUGCAAUAGAACUUUCAUUCCAUAAGCAAACACCGGAUCAUCACUUAAAACUAGUGGUCAGUCUAUACAAACCAAGCCGCCCCACGUUUUUCUUACCUGAAACAUGAGGCAGUAGACUCAUAACAGCUAAGUCUAGCUUUUAAGCUCCACUGGGAUUCACAAAACCACAUCCCAUCUGCCAUUUAGUCUGGCAGGUGCUAAAAAUCCUAAGUAUCUAUAUUUCAUCUAAGUCCCCUUGCUUUCUUCUACUACCUGUGGAGGAGGUGGUUGGGUUCUCCCUACUUUUACCAGUAGUCAGUACAAUCAUCUGGGGUAUAUGAGACCCAGAACUCAGAUUACUCCUCUGCCUGCUGUAGAUCAGGGAUUUGAACACAGAUUUCUCCUUUUCCAGCUAAAAGGCCUAACCACUGGAGUAGAAGGCAUUCCAGGGUAAAGCUCUCAAUUUCUUCUAUUUGAGCUGUUCCACCACCUUCCCCUUCUCCUGGGUUAUUCCUGAGACAGGACUAAUCUGGUUUAAGUGCCUAAUUUAAGGAGAGGGAGCAUAGCCGUAAAUCUCAAUUGGAGAUAGGCAUCUCCCUCCUGCCUAGAGUUAAGCACCUAAAUCUCUUUGAAGGCCCACCCCUCUCCUUAGCAGUUCCUAUUGUCUUAAGACAGCUUCCUGCUCUGCUUGCUGGUUUCUACGAACCUCUUUUUUAGGCGCCUAACUCUCCCCAUGCAGUGAAAAAGUGCCUAGUGUGGGGUUGUGCAUUCCACUAGGUGGCAACAGGGUUUCUGCAAGAUAGGUGUUGCAAUUCAACAUUUUACUCUUAAGUCCUCCUUGUGAAUCUAGCUCCAUGUCUUUUAAAAACACUAUUAGAAAUUGACUUCUACUGGAAUAAUUAAAAACCUGCACGUGUGAAAACAGUGUCCGGCUUUUUUAAGUCCUAAAUUUAAAUUUUGGUGAAGCUUACCAAAUAAAUUUGUUUAAAGAAACUUUGUCAAAGCCCAAGAUUUGUAUCGUAAGAUUUUUGCUUUGGGGUUUGUUUGUUUCUUUGUUUUUUAGAGUUCAGUUUAUUCUCCCACCAAUAUUUUUUUCUAUUUAGAAAAAAAAAUCAAAUUUUUAAAUACCUGAUAUUUUUUAAUGAUUUAUUGCCGGUCCUAACUCAAAGGAAAUUGCUAUAUGCGUGCUAUCAUAGAGGGUAGUAUACCUAGCCUCACUUCAGGAAUAAAUCCAGUUGUGCUCAUGGAGAAAGAAGCAUUUUAUAGUAAGUCAAAUUCUGAUCCCUAAAAACUUCAUUUGUCAAUAUCAUGGAUAGCUGGAAAGUGAUUAGAACAUCCACUGAAAUCUAUUUUUGAAAUAAUCUAUAUAGACUAUUUGUUUUGCUAUGAACAGUCAAGCUAAAUAGUGGUACGAACAUUCUUUUAGAAGUUCUUUGUUGAACACAGACCAUUCCAGAAACCUCAUCACUGCCUUAUGAAUAAUUAAUAAUGGACAUGCACUGUUCUUUUUACCACAAUUUAUAGUUUUAGGAUUAACCAAUAAAGUUCAAAUAGGAUAACAACAGAAAAAAUAAAAUGUUAAAAUUUAAGCUUUUGCUUUUGAAGUAAUCAAAAAUCAGUUCUUUAACAUUCCAUUCUGGAAUUAUAGGAAAAUAAACAUAAAACACAUAAUAAAUGAAUGCUCAAAAUUAUGCUGUUGUGGAGGGAAAAUACUGUGUCUCUUUGUCUGUUAGAAAUUAAUUUCAUAUUAGCUUUACCUAGUGAGCUGAGCAAAUUUACCAGUAGAUCUAAAUGAAAUGGAGCUGUUUAAACAUUGUCCUUAAACUUGGCCAUUUUAAAGUUUGUAGGUUUAUAUGUUUAAGAAAAGAUCAUUUAAAUAACCGCACACAAGUUACGCACUAACACUGAUGUUUAAAAAGGGAUUAUUGAUCAUUUUAAAAUACCUAUGUUAUACAAAUAUUUAUUUUUCAUGGUUACUAUAAAUAUUCAUUAUUAGCCUAUUUGUUUCUGGAAAAAAAGCUUUUAAAGUGAUUCUUCAUUGUUCACCUUUCCUUAAAGCUCAUCAAAAGCCUUAAAAAAUGGCACUCUUCAUGGAGUGGUACUUGGCUCCAUCAUUGCUUCAGCUAAUAAAGUUGCUAUUGUUUUGCUGUUUGCUUUUUGCGGUAGUGCAGUUCAGUAUGACUAAGAUGCUGCAAUUUACACUGUGGAUCCCCCCACCCCUUGCACCGGCCUGCACAAUGCCAAGGAAAUGACUUCAGCCAAUUGCUGAGGUUGUAGUGCUGCCUCUGUUGUCCCUGUGCAAGGUAGGAAGUGGAGUAAAUUGCAUUCAUCCUAAGUGAGAGGGCAGCCACCUGAGCACAAACUUAUUUCCGCUGAGCUGCUACAGAAGGUGCAUGAUGAAAAUAAUUACAUGUGCCCAGGAAUUAACAGGCUAAGCACUGUAAUUACUAAUUCUAUACCACAACAGCACAGAAUGUGGGAAGAAUUAUAUAAAAACACAAUGAGCCAUUUAAAUGUUACUAAUUGUAGCAAUUAGGCUAGCUCACAUGAAGCCUGCUCUUAGCAGACAGCCAAAUGGAAUAAGUGGCAAACAGCCAUUUAUACACUAUAAACAACAUGUUGUGAAAUCCAUCUCAAUUGUUUAUAGAAAAAUGUCUGUUUAUUUAUACAUAUGAAUCCUUUCCUCUUUCUUCUGUUACAACAGAUAACAUUUAAACUGAGAACAGACCAAUUUAAACCUAAGAACAGGCAGACCUGAAUAUGGAAUUCUGCAUUUGCACUGUUUCCCAUAUGUCUUUGUGUUCACGUUGGUUUUUUUAAACAGGUUGCUGCAAUUAGUAUGAAUGAAUAAAUUUUUAAGAGAAAUUCUGUAUCAGCUAUACUCAUUUCUAAACUGCUGCAGUGAUCUGUUUCCAAGAUGACUUCCUGUUCAGUCAAACAACAGAUUUCACUAUAGAACUGAGGGUGUGAUCCUGCAAAAACUGGUUCAUGCAAGUAGGAUUUACAAGAAUAAUCUCACUGUAUUAAAUUGUAUGCCAUUGUUUUGCAAAGAUUUUUGUGAUCCACUGGAUCUGAUUCUGAGCUCACUUCCUUAUUUUACCAUUUUAUGUAUUUUACUUCAUUGUCUUUAGUGGAAUUUCUCCUGAUUUAUGUUGAUAUAAAAGAGAUCAGAAUCUGGGCCAUUGACUUCAGUGACAAUUUGAAUGAGUAAGGAUGACUUUUGUGGGUAAAGAUUUGCAGAAUCAGGCCCUCAGCCUGCAUUGUUAGCACCUCUCUGAAAUCAGAUGGAACAUUGUUACGGACUCUGAUGGAAGGAUUUUAAUAUUGCUCAACUACAGCAGAAAACUGUACUCAAGACUUAAUGAUGUUAAUCAUUUUUCUCUCUUCAGUGCUGACACUAAUAUUAGCUGUAUCUAUUCAGUUGACAUUUUUUAUUUGUUGAUCUACUCCGGUUAAAUGGAUUUUGAAAAAUGUCUGUCCAACUUCAGUCAUUUCAAAUUAUCGUUGUAUGGUUUACUCUGGAACAGAACAAAUACAUUUAUCAACAGCAACUUCAUGUAAACUCUGGGAUUUGAGCCUGCAGUUGUGUUUUGGAUUUCAUUAUUGGGACUUAUUUGUAUUGGGAAAAUCUGAAUCCUGGAGGGAAAAUGCCAGAUACAAAAAUAACUAUCUGCCUGAUGAAGGGACACAAAAUACUUCGGUAUUUUAUGGGAAGGGGUAAUUUUUGUACCAAAGCGUUUUUAUCUAGAUUAUAGGAGAGUUGUGGGUAUCACAUUUGGGGGAUGGGAAGUGCCAAGAUUUGGUAAGAUAAAUUACCAAAUAAUAGAAAGACCACAUGUAAUUGAUAAAAACAAUUCACUAUUCAUAAAAAACACUUAGCCAAAACCUUGUUCACCAGAAAUGAUGAGAACAAGGUAAAUUUGAAAUGGAGCAGAUAAUAUAUGUGGAAAUUACAAUAGGAUGGCGCAGUAAGUAAAUAGAUACCCUAAAAAUAGAUAUAUCACAUAUUGUACAAGUAUAUUGCAUCCUUUUAAUACAGACACUGUACAGGAAUAUUUGCUUCUGGUCUCUUAAACCUUGGGCAGUUGCUUGCAAUCUGGGAGCAAAACAGAAAAACAUCUUCAGAUCCAGUCAGUAAUUAUUAUGCAAUAGUUCUGCAUCAUCUCUGGUGCUCCUAUGCACUUUCUCACCAGCCCCCAUGUCCCCACAUUUGCUGCUUUGCUGGAAAAAAGUCUGUAUGGUCUGGUUUAAAGGUGAACAUACCCUGUAAAGUCCAUUGCAGCAUAUGGAAUAGUCACUACUCAACUGAAAAGUUGGACUAAGGCCUGAUACGGCAAAUGGCUCACCCAGUGGGCCUUAUGCAAGAAAAAGGCCUGAAUAUUUUCCCUAAACAAUAAUAUUUAUGAAGAUUGUUUGUUUGGUUUUCUUACACAAACAAUGGGCUCACACUUGGGCUGUAUCAAAACUCAGUUGUAACUAUUUGGAGUUUUGGGGGGUUUUGUUUUUUGUUUUGGUUAAUACAUGUUGAGGUAACAAGUGUGCAUAGAGACUUCCCCAAUUCUCCAAGUGCAAUGCCCCAAGAGUUAGAUGGCAACGUUUGUCAAUGGAAAUAGAUGUACACAAUUUGUAAUAGAGUUACACUAUUUUCUUCCUUGAUUUUGUACUUUUUAUUUUCUGUAAAAACACACUCUAGCAGAAGCACGUGCUAUAGCAAGUCACAAACGCAAACUGAAGGGCUACAGGUUAUGAACUGGUUGGUAAUUGGCAUUCAACAUUUUAUUCUUCUCCCAUAUCUCCGCAUUUGAUAGAACAAAUUAAUUCUCAUACUCUGACCUUUUCCUGAUCACUAAGGGCACGUCUACACUAUGGGGAAGAUGGACACUGCCACAGUCGAUCUUCUGGGGUUCCAUUGGCAGGUUUAAUGAAGACAUGCUAAAUCAAAGUCAGAGGGCACGCCUGUCUGCACCGAUACUCCUGUUCCUCAUGAGAAAUAAGAGAAGCCAAUGGGAGCAUUGCUCCUCUCGCUAUGUGGACAGCUAUUUAAGAUAUGUUGACUCCAGCUAUGCAAUUAACAUAGAUGGAGAUGCAUAUUUUAGGUCGAUCUUAUGCUCCAGUGCAGUCUAGGCCUCAAUGUUUCAUCUGGCUUCUGCUGAGGUCAGUAGAGGCUUCAGUGGCCUUUGGCCCAGGCCUUACAGACUCAAUGCCACAAAUUACUGUUCAGUCCUAAGAAGUGCUCAGCUCCCUGAAUUCCCACAGAAGUCAGCAAGCGCCAAGGAGGCACAGCAGGAUGAGCUCAGAAUCACGCUGGAUCACUCGCUUAUUUCUUAGCUAAAUUUAAAAUGAUGGUAACUGUGGCUUAGCUCCCUUGGGGAGCCUGAGUCUGUAAUAUGCGUAUGCUAAUAUACACGUGAAAGCAUUCGGUAUACAGUUGUGAGAAUAGUCUGCCCAUACACCAACAGUGUACAGUCCAGGGAGUUAUACCAGUGCAAGUGAGAACAAUCAGUUCAAUCCUGCUGUGUGGCAUCUAAUUUGACAUCAUUAAAAACAGAAUGGCUCCCUAACAUUGCAGCAUUUUAAAAUUAAAUUUCCCAAGGAAAAGAAGUCUGGCACUAAUAAUGCUCUACAUGUGUAAAGAGACAAAAUACUUUAGAGCACAUUGGCAUAGAUCCAGUGGCUACUGGUGUACGCCAUGCGUAGCUGUCACCUGGCUUAGAAUCCGAAGCAUGUGCACCAAAGAGAAAAUGUAACAGGGCUUGUCUGCACAGCAGGGAACUGCUCCUCAGGGCUGUGAUUUCUAAUGUGCACCAACAGUGUGCAUUGAGUGGUCACUAUAUCCCUUUCUGGUACCCACUAAAAGUUCCCUUGUGCUCUUUACCAUAAGUGCUGUUUUAAACAACACUGUAUUAAAGCAAAGCAACAGAGGCUACACAGACCAGGUAAUGUGCAACAUGUUAGUAUGCUUGUGACAUCACAUUCCCAUACAGUGUAAUAUCCCAGGGUAUGUCUAAACUACAUGCCUCCAUCAACAGAGGCAUGUAGAUUUG